GGGCCGAGUCGCGCACGUCGACUUGCGCCUUCUGCCUUCACAAGUUCGCGGCAGGGCAGGACCUGGUUGGUGCAGACGCUGCGCUGGCGUAUCAGUUGCCGAUGAUGGGGGUGGAUGAGGCCGAGAUGGCGUAUGUCAGAAGUGGAGGGGAGGGGAUCUUUCUCGCGUGGAUGGGUUGCGGCGUGUGCAGCCGGUGCUAUUUCCACACGGCCGACGCACUGCGCCAGCUGCCGACCAAGUGGGUGUCGUGCGGUGCGGUGCACACAUACAGACGUACACCUCUGCAAGCGCAUGUGUGUGUGUGUGUGUAUUCCCACAGACCCACCACUGGCGAGGAGUUGCUCCGCCUGGCAGGCAGCAUCGCCUCCACCAUUGAAAGCAAAACGUGAGACAGACAGAUUUUGAAUGAAGGCACUCACGAUCUGCUCUCGCUCCCUGGCCUCAGUUCAUCCAGCAGCAGCACCCCCUCCCGCACAUCCCCGGCCACCAGCAGCAUCUUCCGAGGCAUCUUCACACCAAAGGACAAGACCAAGCCCACAGCACCCAAGCCGACGCCCACCCCGUCGAGCAAAGCCACACCCACCGUCACGGUUGAGUCCAUCCAUGAAGCCUUCCCCGACAUCGCCACUGUCAGCUCGGGCACAGAGGGCGGCAAACAGCCCUCCAGUGAGACGCUGGCGAUCGUGAGGGCCUUCCUGCAGCACAACAGAGGGGCGGUGGAGGGUGGUGGUGUCAGCUGUGUCGAGUCGAGUGAGUGCGAUGCGGCCCAGGAGCGGGAGACCUACCGCCGGGCCGUCAAGAAGUUCUUCAUGGACCACCGGACAGCACUGCAAAGGUCACCCAAGAGGCUGGGCAUCUCAACCAGUGGCUGAGACAAGUGUCAUGCGCUCUGUGUGUGUGCAGUGAUCCGUCGGCGGUAUUUGCGUUGGGUCCGCUGCGGCAUGUGCGUGGCGAGUGGCUGCCCCAGUGGCACACGACGUUCGUCAGUGAGCUCAGCAAAGGCCAGCAGCUCAUGCAGAAGGAACUCGGGGGCGCCACUACUAGGGGCCCCACAGACACCAACAAGUGAGCCGCAGAGAGGGGAGGAAGAGGCAUCGAUAGAGUGUCAUGAUGAUGUCGCCUGCUGCUGUCCAUGUGUGCAGUACGUCGACGUCGCCGGCACCACUAGUGUCUGCAGACGAGGAUCAGCUGAAGGAGGACAUACAGGCCGCCACGGCAGCGCUGCGACGCCACCCGUCGUCACGCCUGUUCCGGCUGCCGUAUCCUCAUCCCGACUACGCCCGCAUGUAUGGAGGGGGCCGGCCUCAUUCCAUCAGUGACCUGGAGAAGUGGGUGCUUGCGGUCGAUAAGGAGGUGAGCGGGGGGAACACACCCACACGCAUACACACGUGCGGGGAAGCAUCGGUGUGUUGUCUUCUGUUGUGUGUUGCAACCGAUGCGCGUGUGUCAGGGGUCAGAGGACGGCUGGCUCCACUGGUACGACUACAUCACGAGGAUGGUUAACAGUGCGGUCGAUUUCACCAAGGAGGGCUCGGUACGUAUGCCGUGACUACCUGACCAACAGACAGACAGUUGAUUCCGCUCGACAUGUCCCCCGUGCCUGUGUGCAGGAGCUUUACGUGGCAGCCCAGGAGCUGCUAAUUGUCGCCAUCCGCCUCGGCGGCGGUCCUGAGCGAUUCGCCCAAGGGGAGGAGCCGAGACGCGUUAAAGACCUCAUCGAAAAGGGCCCCGCUGCAGACGAGCAUGUGGUGGACGACCGCAGCGACCUUGACGCGACCGAGCUACUCGAGGUUUGGGGCUCGUGUCGCAACGGCGAGGCAUCUGACGAGUCAAGUGAGGUGGAGACCGUGUCUGUCAGGGAUGAGUCGACCACUCCCACUGCUGGCCGGCGCGCCCCCGAUGAGUCGCAGGCCGACAACGACAAACUGACAGACAAGUGUGCCCGACUGGAGAGGGAGCUGGCGGCCGCACACGAGAAACUCAAGACCGCCGAGGACGGACACACGAAGGAAAAGGAUGGACUCAAGGGGACCAUCAAACGACUCCAAGACGAUGUCAAAAGGUGACCAGAGAGAGAGGGGGAGGGAGGGAGGGAAGCAGUUGAUUGACUGCCAUCCGUACGCCCUCGUGUGUGUGGAUGUGUGUGUAGGUUGACCAGUGAGUCGGCUGCGUCGAAGAAAAUGGCUGAGAAGGAGAGGCAGGCGGCCGACGCGCAGCGCAGCACUCUCGAGGACAUCCUCAAAGACAAAGACAAACAAAUCAAACAGACACAAAAGACGUCAGCACCGACGCAUUACACAGACGCGCCAUCCACCAUCUGAUGUAUCCCUCCCUCCCUGUCUGUGUGUGUGCAGUGCGGACGACCGUGUGCGUCGGGUGACCCAACAGGUGCGCCAGGAGGCCGACAAGGCCGCCAAGACACACAUGGACACCGUCACCAAGCAGCACAGAGACGAGCUGGACGCUCUGCGUGGCGAGCACCGGUCGGCCAUUUUGGAACUGAGGGCGCAGCACCGGACAGCCAUCGACCAGCGAGAGAGUGAGGUGCGUGUGGCGGCCGAGAGGGCCCUGGCCGACGUGACGCGCGAGAGGGACCAACUGAGGCAGCGACUGAGGGAAGAACGACUCAGGUCAGCCAGACAGACAGAGACGGAGGGAGAGAAUACCCACGAGUCAGACGCUGCUGAUGACAUGUGUGUGUUGAUGUGUGUGUGCAGGUCAGCGCGUGUAGAGCAGGAGAGAGACGUCGAGUUGCGUCGGCUGCGCGAGGCGGAGGCGCCGCUGAGGCGGGAGAUACUCACGCUCAAACAACAGUUGUCAUCGGCACAAUCACCACACAGGUCACCAACCGCACACACACACACCCACACACACACCGACAGCAGCCGUGAUUUUGUUUAUCUCUCUAUUGUCUGUGCUGCAGUCGUGUCAGUGCGGGUGACGUGUCGUCUCUCGAUCUGCCGUCGGUGCGUCAGCUGCUUGACGACCUCGCCUCAGAGCAGCACCGACUCACUCAGCUCCACCAGGCCGCCAUCGAGCGACAAAUACAACUACGCCACCAGCAGCAGCCCAACCGCACAUCGCCCUCCUGUUCAUCACCGUCAACAGCAGCAGCAGCUGUCCCCACCCACACCGCCGUCCCCUCUGUGCCCCUCUCUCUCAACAAUGGCUCACCACCACCACCACCACCCAGUGGCAGCAGCAGCUCGGCAGCCGCAAAUGGCCCCUGUGCUGCGGGAUCGUCCAGCAGCGGCAGUGGUGGUGUUGGGUCGUGUGUGAGCAAGUGCCAGCUGUGUCUUGAGAACCCGCCAGACAUCAUCCUGUUGCCCUGCGGACAUAAAGUGAGUCGAAGAAGAGAUGGCAGCGAGUUUGUACGUGCAGGUCUGUGUGUCGUCUGGGUGUGUCUGCCAGGUGGUGUGUCAGGAGUGUUUUGAGAAGUGGAUGGCCCCCAUGCCGACCGAAGACAAACUCUGCCCUGAACACACGUACGCAAUGCAAUCCAAUGGCUGACAACCGGCACACACAGGUCUGCAGCCCCUGUGUGUGUGCAAUGUGUGUCCUGUGUCAGGUGUCGGCAGCCCUACUCCGAGGUCAGAUACAUUUUUGGUGAGUGAGUGAGUGAGUGCUGUCUUGAUGUGCCCGUGACGUAUUUAUCGAUGAGUGACAUUUAUGGCAAAAUGCGAUGGAUGCGACGCGACAAGAGAGACGCCAGAAAGGUUUGUUUGCCGCCGAGUGAGUGAGUGAGUGAUCCAUCAAUCGGUCUAUACGCCGCAGUCUGCGUACGUACGUCAGUGAGUGAGUGAGUAGGUUACAUAUGUAUACGUACGUACGUAUGUAACAUGUAUACGUACAUUACAUAUGUUUACGCAUAUAUAUGUCUCUGUACGUGUGCACGUGGACUGUACAUGUAUGUCUUUAUGUAUGUAUGUAUGUAUGUAUGUAUGUGUGUAUGUAUGUCUGUGUGAGCGUUUUUAUGGCCUUCUUCCUUCUGUGUGGCUGUGGGUCUCUGAUUGGCAUGUGUGCUGGACACGAGUAUUUGUGCACGUUCAUUGGUG